AUGCUUCCAUCCAAAUAUGCCCUUGGAGGGUUGAGCUCCGAGCAGAGCUCCAAGACUGUUACUGUCGGGCGACGGCGUCCAGUGAAACCUGUUAAUUAUGUGUUGAAAACAAUAGAAUCGAGGGUUAAUCUGGCAGCCGAUAAGAGUUCAGAGGAUAUCGAAAUGGUUCCAAUGGACGAUUUUCUGGAAGUUGAGGCUAUAUCAGACUAUGUAGUACAUCGACGUAACCAAGGAUUGACCUCAGAUGAGGUCAUGGACCUAGAUCUUGAAGAUGCACAUGUUUCACCAUCAGCACUUGACUACGCAUACUUGGUAGUAGAUACCAAUUUCCUACUUUCGCAUCUAAAUAUUCUCGACGACUUGAAAAAAACCGGUCUGAAGUAUAAGCUCAAAGUAGUCGUGCCUAUGGCUGCAAUUAAGGAAUUGGAUGGGUUGAAAAAAUCGACGAGAAUUGCAGACUUGGAUGGAGAAUUAUCAGGAAAGUCUGUGGGCCAUCUUGCCCGGUGGGCUAACGACUGGAUUUACGCAGCAUUGGCCACCAAUAGUGAUAGUGUAGUGGGACAAAAGAUGUCGCAGGUAAUUGAUAAGUUUGCAACUCAGGACGAUGCGAUCCUAGAUUGUUGUCUCUUUUAUCAAAAAACCUAUCCUAGCUCACUCGUUGUUCUACUUUCGAACGACAAAAACCUUUGCAUGAAAGCUCUUACAAACGAGGUUCUCACUGUUAGUUAUAGGCCGAAGAUGACUGCCAAAUUGAUUGGAGAAAUGGUCUUGAAUGAGAACCAAAGAAGAAAUGUGCAGCUGCCCAGACUGCCCAUAGAUCUUUUAGACCAAUUGCAUAACCAUAGCCAGACUCCAGAACCUGUUGCUAUGGAACUGAAUAACCACGUAAAGGCAGACCAAGACAUCAAAAACAUAAUUCUGUCAGAGAUCCAAAAGUUGACAAUUGGUGCUGUGGACAAAUGUAUGCGAACUGCUUAUGGAGACGACUUGGACUUGAUAAGAGACUACGAACGAAGCAAUAUUCGCAACUUGAAUGACGUUCUUCGAGUUUUGGAAUUGUUCUGGUUGCCGGUGUUUUCCUCAUAUUUAAAGCGUUCCAAGAUUUCCUUCCAAAAAAGCCGGGUUCAGGAAAAUACCAAGUUUGCAGAAGUUCCACACAAUCAAGCCGACCUAAUAGCGUUCGUAGGCUUCUGGCUGGAGAUUCUCAAACGCAUAUACGAGAAAGAAAUGAACCAGACGGAGAAUAAUGCACUUGCUCAGCUCACCCAAAGAUGGAGAAACCUAGCCCAAAAUUCGGGUUAA